AUGUCACAUCACCGGCCUGACAGUACAGGCGACGGGGAAACCCCCUUCGGCUUGACCGAGGUCGAUCCAUCCCCAAUCGAAGACACACCGUACGAAGUCUCAAGCGACAGCUACUUCCCACAAGCGACGUCACCGCCGCAGAGCUCUACGACCUCGAUAUUUGGACUCGGUAACCAUGGACCAGCAUGGUAUUUAAUCCGCGCCCAGAAAUACUCCUCAUACACAUUCACCGUCUUCGCCGCCUUCCAUGUCACGAACACCGCCAUCCUCCCUCUCAUAACCCGUUCCGUCACAUCGAGCGACAAAUACCUCCUCCUUACGCGCCCAUACUACCAGAGCUUCCCUCUUGAAGCACUGCUAAUCGGCAUACCAGCCAUCACACAUGUCGCAGCCGGUGUGGCAUUGCGCCUUUACCGCCGUAGCCAGUCCCUAGGCUGGUACGGCGCGGAGUCACGUAAAGAUAGACGAACAAUAGCAUGGCCCAAGGUCUCGGGUAUCAGUGCGCUGGGGUUUGCAUUGUCUCCGCUCGUGGCCACACAUGUAUUCGUCACGAGGGUGCUACCGAUGUAUCUCCACGGUGACAAUUCAAUAAUAAACCUUUCGUAUGUUGCGCAUGGGUUUGCGAAACAUCCGAUAGCGUCGUUUGUAGGAUAUACUGCUUUGGUGGGUGUAGGGGUCUUCCAUGCCGUCUGGGGCUGGGCGAAGUGGCAGGGGUGGACACCAGUGCAAGUCACGCAAGGAGGACCAGGAGGACAGCUGCGUAGCAAGAGGAGGUGGUAUAGCAUUAAUGGAGCAGCAGCAGCUCUGACUGGUCUCUGGCUUGCUGGAGGUCUGGUCAUCGUGGGAAGAGGUGGCCAGGCAAGGGGAUGGAUGGCUAAAGAGUUCGACGAGCUAUACAACCACCUCCCCUAUUUAUGGAGGUUCUCCUCUUAG